AUGCAGUUUCGUAUAUUGAUUGCUUGUACUGUAUUAAUUAUUGCCUUCGUUGCUAUUGAACUUGUGCAAGAAACUCAGGCUGGUGCACUAAGUAAGUUUUUAACUUGCUUAAAUCUUUGUCUUUGUGAUCUUGAUUGUUUGAAUUUAGGUAUUACAUUUAAGGCAGUUGUGAAGGAAUAGCACUGUGAUGUAAUGAUGAUAAUAAUAAUAUGAGAUAUGUGAGUAGAUAGGCAUUUCGACUGUUUGUGAGUCAGUUGACAGUCCUAUACAGUACACAUUUUCUCUGCAUACCUUUAAAAAUUC